AUGUCGCUCCUGUCUGACCUGAUCCAGAAGGAGACCGGCACCUACCUGCUUUCGCAGCCGUGCUCGCGGGUCGAGGUGUUUGGCGACGACAACCAGUACGUGAUGCUAGGGGGCCAGAAGUACUUGCGGCUGGAGUUGCAGCACGCGUUCGGGGGUACUUUCCAGGCGGAACGGUAUCUGACGGGGCCUACUCAUAAUUUCGGUAACCCGGCUCCCGUGGGGCUUGCUGGCUUUGGCCUCACUGCGGUGACGUUGGGUCUUUAUUACGCAGGCGCUAAGGGGAUCCACGAGCACCAGAUGAUCGUGGGUUGUCUCGUGUUUGACGCCGGUUUACUCUUGUUUGUCGGUGGCAUCUGGGAAAUGUGUAUUGGUAACACGUUUGGGGCCACUGCGUUCCUUAGUUACGGCACGUUCUGGUUCUCAUUUGCCACGAUCUCGCUUCCCGCAUUUGGUAUCGCUAAAGGGUAUGGUGAUGACCACGCCCAAUUGGCUAAUGCCAACGGACUAUUCUUAUGUGGGUGGACAAUAUUCACGUUUAUGAUGUGGCUGUUCACGUGGAAGUCGACGUGGGCGUUUUUCUCGAUGUUUACGUGUUUGUUGACUACUUUUUGUACGUUGACAGCUGCGGCGUUUACGGGCCUGGAAGCCGUAGCGAAGGCUGGCGGGGUGUUGGCAGUGAUCACGGGUUUCUUAGGGUGGGCGUGUGGCUUUGCUGGUGUCGCCACCCCGGAGAAUUCGUACUUUAACUUGCCCACACGACCCAUGCCCCUUAUCACGACGAAGGGGAUCAAGUACCAGUAUCCUUGA